UCUCACAACAACAAAUGAGUUGUAUUGUACCACAACAUUGCGCCCACCAUUCCUUCCGACACAUCUAGCGCCUUCCAUUUCGACACUCCCUCACAAAUUCCCCGUGGACUCCACACAACAUCGAGGGAGGGCCAUGUCCCUGACCUCCAUCUUCAACUUUUUCUCUCCAGGAACACCAGGCAAAAACCAGGAUCGUAGCGAACUGGAACUUGUUGACGAUGGAGUGCCGGCGGGCAGAGAGCCAUUUGCAGAUUUCAAGUUGGGAACGGCGGCCGUGCGAUCUGGAAAUAUGGCACCGAAAGGAAUCGAGGAGACAAGGCCGCCGUACUUACAUGUAAGAAUGGGAUAAGAAUACCCUUCAGCCUAUACAUGUCUAACCCGCAAUAGUGUAUGAUCGCGGGAGGACUGGGUGGGACAACGGGAGAUCUUUUGAUGCACUCAUUAGACACCGUUAAGACGCGCCAGCAAGGAGAUCCCCAUAUGCCGCCCAAAUAUACAACGAUGGCAUCCUCGUAUUCCACGAUAUUUCGUCAAGAAGGUAUUAGACGAGGCCUUUACGGGGGUUGGCUGCCUGCUCUACUCGGGUCUUUUCCAGGGACAAUAAUAUUUUUCGGCACAUACGAAUACAGUAAGAGGAACAUGAUUGACUACGGCAUCAACCCCCAGCUUGCAUAUCUCACAAGUGGUAUGUAGCUUUCUAGGACUUAUGAAAGUAGCAAUUACUUAUACUGUGGUAGGGUUCGUUGCAGAUGGUGCAGCAUCUUUUGUAUAUGUCCCCUCAGAAGUUCUCAAAACUAGAUUGCAAUUGCAAGGCCGCUACAACAAUCCUUUUUUUCAAUCCGGAUAUAAUUACAAGGGCUUCACGCAUGCCGCAAGAACCAUUUAUCGACAAGAGGGCUUUUCUGCCCUUUUCUAUGGAUACAAAGCCACGAUAUUCAGAGAUCUUCCAUUUUCUGCUUUACAAUUCACCUUUUACGAGCAAGGGCAAACUUGGGCCAGGCAGUGGAAGCGGAGUAGGGACAUAGGCCUACCUUUGGAACUUUUCACAGGCGCCGCUGCGGGGGGAUUGGCUGGGGUCAUAACGUGCCCACUUGAUGUUGUAAAAACGAGGAUUCAAACCCAAGUCAACCCACCAGAAACGGCUUCGAAGCCCGCCAACAUGAAAAUGCCUGCAAACCCACCCAGUAACACCGGUACAGUUUCAUCAAUUCAGAAACAAAUUCGCAGGAUAUCAACAUCUUCCCCUUCUACACAUACCCCUCGCCCAGGGUCAAUCAAUCUGGAUACCUCAUCCGUUUUCACCGGACUGAAAGUAAUCAGGAAGACUGAGGGAAUAGCCGGAUGGUUCAGGGGUGUUGGGCCCAGGUUUGUGUGGACCAGUAUCCAAAGUGGGUGUAUGUUGUUCUUGUACCAGUCAAUCUUACGACAAUUGGGAAUACGGUUCGCUUCUGAAAAUCUGGAGGAGGCCCUGUAAUGCGCAUCGCAUUGUAGGGCUAGUGGAAUGAUUGUAUGACAGGUUUGGGAUGGAUAUUGGGACAUCGGUUGUAUCAUAAUGUACAUCUAAGAGCAUAUGGGCGGCGUUGGGUGCGUGCAUACUGUAGCAUGCGGGGUAGAAAACAGAUCUUCACUUUCGUUUAUUUUGUGUACUUGUACAGAGUAUUGACUGCUAGGUCAACUCAGCCUAGCACCAACAGGGACGUCUGGCUCUCCUAGGGUGUAGAGCCGCAGCCGCCUCGUUAGGCGUUAAGCGCGCGAGGCGCCUUGAGGCUCAUGCCGACCCUGGCAUAUUUGCCGCCAUGGUAAAUUUAUGUACGCAAUGGAUACUCAAGUGAGCCCUCUCCCCCCCCCGCCUCGAGCUCUCCAACUUGAUGCCACAAUCGACCCUGGCCAAUGGAGAAUGCGCUUCAAGACCUUUGCUCAUAAGGAUAUUUUUACGAUGGCUAUGGUAAAUUCGCAAUGCCUGCGACUCUUCCUGUGCCUUCCAAAGGUACACUUCGAACUCUUCGCCAUCUCGCGUUAGGAACCACUUGUACACUCGCACUCAGCGCCGGGCUGCUAACAGAAGACCGUCGAAGGAGGAUACACACUGCUCAAGUUGCGCAUGAAAACUCCCGGAAGAUCAAAACAGUCAAAAACUAUCACGGCAUUGCCGUUGACCUGCAAGAUGUCGCCAACGACCCUGCGAUUGUUUUCCAUGGCGAUUCGAUGAUGAAGAAGUUGACAAAGGAAACCAAUCAAAGUCUGGCAGACGAGAAGGACCAAGAUUUCACACAAGGGGGAUUGGAUUUAUGGCGGGAGAUUGAGGAGAAGCCGGCCCAAGAUUCCAAGGAGGCACUGAAUAUGACUUCGAUAGUGAGAAAGUCGGCCAAAGAAAGAAAUCAAAGUCUAGCGGAUCUAUGGCUGGAAAGUGAGGAGCAGUCGACACAAGACUCGGAUCUCAAGAAAGUUCCGCAUAAGGGCGCGAAGGAAGUGCCAAACCAAGCGAAAAUAGUUCACCCCCAGACAAUGCGGAAUCAUUUAAGCACUGCUACUGUACCAGAACUUCGAAGGCGCAGGAUUGUUUCCUUUAUCGCAAAUGUGACAACAAUACCAAAAGAAUCUGGGAAGGUACAAGCCUUGGCCACGUCCGAGUUGCAAGCUCGUCAGAAGAGGCUUGCUUCGGACGUAAUCAAACUCCUUGCGUGCGUUGAGGACUCAACCGAUUUGGAUGCAGCCGUACUUCGUUUCCUUGAAGCCUUUGAAGAAGGAAAUCUUGCUAUACCUGACUUGGGCUUAGUCCCUCAACUGCUGGAUGCUGCAUGUCAGCUCUCAAAAGCAUGCAAAUAUAGAGAGAAUGUAGAGUACCUGACUAGGAUCUUGGACACACUUUUACCAUAUUCAGGGUCUAUGAGCGCCACUCAAUUUCUUCUGUUGUCGCCAUAUACUGUCAUCAAACACUCGCUCGAAGAUCUUCCAGGACAUGAUCAGACAGACACAAGAGAUACGAAGAUAAAACUUACUAAGCUUUCGUCUGUGUAUCUCCAAGUCGUUAAUCGCAACGUUACGCCAGCAGAUUUGGAUUUGGCGGUCUCUAUUGGGGAAUGGCUCUGUGAGGAAACGAACCAGUAUGGAUUGUAUGGUCUUACAGUUGAUGUAUAUCACGGCAUUACAUACUACGUCACCCAGGGAGGAAGGACCACCACGGCGAAGGCUAGGGCGCAUCUCAUCGACGCCAAUCAUCACCUUGGACGGCAUAAAAGAACCUUCAGUAUUUUCAAAGGGUUUUACUCGGAAGUGUUGCCGACUUCCUCGAACGAGUUUGAUAUGGUUAUUAGCCGAGUCAUUGAUUCUACGAUCAACAUGCGUAGAUUUGACUGUGCAGAAUAUGUCUUGAAUGCUGCUAUCAAGAUAGGGCAAGCCAGUGGGUUGUCAGUCGGCACAAGUCCAGCCUGCAGAGUGAUCUCUCACCCUUGGAGGUCAUCUCGAGAUUUUGAAAGGUCCAGGCAAUUGUUUGAUCGCUUGCUCCCUUUAGCACAUUCCUUCAGAACUCCGCAGGUUCUCUAUCAGGCAAUCAUUCAAGUAUGCUUUGAUUCAGGGCAUGCGGAUGCUGCCAUUUCAUACUAUACCCAGUUGCGAAAAUUUUACGCACCCACGCCCGGUGAUAUCAAUAUAUACGGUCUAUUUGUCUAUGAAUUGGCCCGCAAGGGCCAUUGGAGCGAAGUAGAAGAAGACCUGAUUCGGCUGGCUUCAGCUCAUCCCAACUCGAAAGAAUUUGGUGCUUUGUUUGCGCGAAUAUUAAAGCUCUUCGUGGGGUCUCAUUCCGCUCAAGAUACCGAGAACUUCAUCGGAAUUUUUAUCAGUCGGAGUUUGUUGAAGCCUUCGCCAAUCAUAUCAAAUAUAAUAGUAGACAUCUACUGCAGAGCCAAAGAGACAGAUGCUCUUUGUCGAUGGAUAGAGUUAAUGGCUUCCAUUCAAGUUCCAAUGGAUACGGUGACUACAAACACAAUUUUGCACCAUUGCUACACUACAUGGAGAUUUUCAUAUCAUGAGACUCAAGCUUUCUAUCAAAGGCUUUCUGCCUAUGGAACCGCAGAGGGGCAAUUUACUGGUAAACGGAAUUUAGAUUACCUCGCCCAACUUGCUGGUGCAGAUUCCCCAAGCCCCGAAACAUAUGCUAAGCGGGUUCUCCCUUUGUCGGUUCUUGGAAGGCAGAAGCAUACAUGGGAUACUCUUAGAGUUCACAGCGCCAUCUCUGCAACCCAUAAGAAGAAUGAUCCGCAUGCCACGCUUAAAAUAUACGCGAUAGCUCGUGCUGACCACAUCGCGAUAUGGCCCAGAACUCUGGCGAUGGCUGCACAGGCGUGUCUCCAGAUACAAGGUCAUGAAAAAGCUAUGGCGAUGAUCAAAGAGGCCCAGGAUCGCGGAGACGACAUCUCAUAUGCAAUUAGCAGUUGUGUCACGUGGCAUGUUAUGCACUCCGAAGACCAGUCUUCUGACCAGCUUCUGGAUUUGGCUGAAGUUACUAUUGCGUCCUUGGAAAAAUCAGGGACAAGAAUUGAUCAAGGUAUGCUGGCUGGAACGAUGACUAUGCUAGUGAGGAGAGGCAAAUCUCAACUAGCCAUUGGCUUCUGGAACAAAACCUCUCUUCGUCUCAAAAUCCCACCAUCGAGUAUACGAAUUUCCAUCCUCACAGUUCUCAUGCACGCCUAUAUCAUGAAUCUGAGCGAGCAGGGUAUUUUAUGGAUUCGGACUCUCCUAGAGCAGACCCCAAUUGUACCCGAUCGGAACUUUUUUAAUACAUUGUGCCGUAGCAUUAAUGACAUAAAACUUCGCAGCCCAGAUGAUGUGGAGAUGUCUAGUCUGUUGCAUCACUUGAACCGUCUUCGACUUCAAGUUCUCCUGGUUAGAAUAAAACAUCUAACUGAAAAGGAGAGGUUCAAGUCUUCUAUUCUUAGCGUGGUGGAAGGUGUCACCAGAGUCAAGAUUGUUCGAGUCAAACGAGGAAAACUGAGAUUUUUCUCAGGAGUGCGGGAAAGACGCAGAAAAACCCGAGCUCUUCUGAAGCGACGGCAGCUGCUGCGUCCACCGUUAUCCGCAAAGGGACCCCAAGCAAAAAAUUCCCAAUCAAUUGCUGACAGUAGUACGACUGAGUCGAAGAAUCUGGCGUCACAAGAGGUGCAGAUGCCCUAUAAGCCACGUCUACUUGUCCCUCUUUUUGAAAAGAAGCAUCAUCGUCCUUUUGCAAACGAUCGAUCUCUUACGAUUACGUCUCACACCUCCUACAUAGGUUCCGGAAACAAAGUUCUCGAGGAUGAUAUUGGCAGUGAGUCGGAUUUCGAUAGUCAAGUUGAAAGUUCAAGUAGUGUCGCAGCGGUCGUUGCGUGA